AUGUCUUUUCUAGGCGGUGCCGAGUGUUCUACGGCAGGCAACCCGCUGAGCCAGUUCACAAAGCACGUCCAGGAUGACAGGAGCUUGCAGAGAGACCGGUUGGUGAACGGCGGCCAGAAUGGGUCACUGAGUGGCUUCCGAAGCGCGGGCCCGAACAUGGCCCAAGACGAGAUGGUCAACGGCUUUCUGCAACAAGGCCCCAACAUGCCGGAGAUGAACAUGGAGCCGGGACACCCAUCUCUCAGCCACCAGCUCGCCAUGGAUCCGGCACGCGGCGUGCAUCUUCGUGCACAGUCCGGCUCGCCAGCCUGGGCGGACAACUUCCACGCCCCGGCACCGAUGAAUGCGGCAUUCAGCCCCGACGAUUUUGCCAAUUUUCAGCAGCAGCAGCAGCAGCAGAACAUGCUCCACCAGCAGUCACAACAGCCGAUGGCACCGUCGCCUCUCACGGCGGCCGGCCCUUCGCAUGCUCCGGCGGCAAUGGGAAUGAACGGCAUGGCCAUGGGUCCAGGACCGAUGAACAUGGGCAUGAACUCGAUGCCGUACAUGAUGUAUCGGCAGAACAUGCAGGCAAACUGGACGCAGCCACAGUUCCGGCCUCCUUCGACGUUCCAGCAGGAGGGCCAGAGGGCGGCCGAGGGCAAGGGCAAGGGCAAGGUGGUGGAGCUGGACGACCACCAGUGGGAAGAGCAAUUUGCACGGAUGGAGAUGCACGACCAAGGCGCGGCCGAGGAGUCAGUGCAGAAGGGAAAGACGGAAGAAGCGCAGGCCGAGGCAGCGAUAGAGCGUGAGCUGAACCAGAUGGACGAGAAGCUGCUCCAGCCGGAAACUGAUUUUGGCGAUCUGGAGGCGGUAUGGAACGGAAUCCAGACGGAGAAAUCGGCGAUGCGGUCGGCGUUUGGCGAGGAGGACUGGAAGGACGUCAGCGAGACAUACAAGAACUGGAACAGCGAGUGGGAACCGCUCAACUACCGGAUGGGCAUGGACCCGCGGAUUGAUCCGUACCAGUUCGAGGAGGACAACCUUUUCCAGGCACAGAACAACCCGUUCGAAGAGGGGGUGCGGAUCAUGAACGAGAACGGCAACCUGUCGCUGGCGGCGCUGGCGUUUGAGGCGGCGUGUGCACGGGAGCCGGGGCGGGUGGAGGCGUGGGUGUACUUGGGAUCGGCGCAGGCGCAGAACGAGAAGGAGACGGCGGCGAUCCGGGCGCUGGAGCAGGCGUUGAAGCUAGAUCCGACGAACCUGUCGGCGCUGAUGGCGCUAGCGGUGUCGUAUACGAACGAGGGCUACGACACGACGGCAUACCGGACGUUGGAGCGAUGGCUGUCGGCCAAGUAUCCGCAGGUGCUGCCGCCGGCCGAGUUGUCGUCAGCGGCCGACGUGGGCUUUACGGACCGGCAGCAGCUGCACGACGGGAUCACGGAGCGGUUCAUCCAGGCGGCACAGCUGUCGCCUGACGGCGAGCAUAUGGACCCAGACGUGCAGGUGGGCCUGGGCGUGCUCUUCUACGGGGCGGAGGAUUUUGACAAGGCGGUCGACUGCUUUCACGCAUCGCUGGCAUCGAGCGAGCAGGGCUCGAGCAACCAGCGGUCGCAGGUCCAUCUGCUGUGGAACCGGCUGGGCGCAACGUUGGCUAACUCGGGCCGGUCGGAGGAGGCCAUUGCGGCCUACGAAAAGGCGCUGUCGCAGCACCCCAACUUUGUGCGGGCGCGCUACAAUCUGGGUGUCAGCUGCAUCAACAUGGGCUGCUACGAGGAGGCGGCUAGCCACCUGCUGGCGGCGCUGGCCAUGCACAAGGAGGUCGAGAAGAGCGGCCGGGAGCAGGCGCGUGAGAUUCUGGGCGGUGCAGCUGGCGGCGUGACCGACGAACAGGUCGACCGCAUGACCACGCAGAAUCGCAGCACCACGCUAUACGACACGUUGCGGCGCGUGUUUGGGCUGAUGGACCGGCGGGAUCUAGCCGAUAGGGUGGCGGCGGACAUGGAUCCGGAUUCGUUCCGGAAUGAGUUUGAUUUUUAG